GGCUUAGCCCGGUGACGUCACCGACCGCUGCGUCCGCUGCUUGGAGCCGGUAGGAGCGCCGGGUGGGGGAAAAAGGAGGAAAACACAAGGUAUAAGACAAGGGAUACACCAAAAGCUCACCGUAUUACACUCCAUUAUUAUACAUUCAGAUUUUUGUGACAGCGGAAAAAUGUAUAGCAGCAGCAUUUCUAAGGAAAGACAGUAUUAAAAGCCAGGGAGGCUUUUAAAAACUGGGAUUGUUUACAUGGAAGACCGGCAUACAGAGAUGGAGCUAGACUUCACUAAGGAUGAUCUGCCUUUAAUGGCUAACACUAACCACAUGUUGGUGAAGCAUUAUGUGUUGGAUCUGGAUGUAGACGUCAAAAACAAGGUGAUUGAGGGCAAGAUAGUUUUGUUCUUUGGAAAUGACAGUAGAGAAGAAGUCAGAGAGCAGAUGGAAGAAGCUGGUCGGUCAUGGUCAGAUGAAACCUGUCAAGUCCAGGCACCUGAAUCUGGCUCGGUUCCUGUGUCAAAUGCAAGCGCCUGCUCUCCUGAAAGUGGAUGUAAUGAUUUUGCUGUCUGUGGUAAAGGUGAAAAUGAUACUUCUGAUAAAAACGGUAGCCAUGGCAACAGGGAACAGGCUUCUGGGAUUUCUAGUUCAAAGAACUGCUGUGACAUUGAGAUUCAUGGGAAUGAAGAUUUCUCGCUGGUCCUAGACUGCUGUGAUUUAUCCGUGUUAAAGGUUGAGGAGGUAGACGUUUCCCUCGUUCCAGGCGUCGAGGAAUUUGCAAGCCCUGCCAAGUUAACAGGAUCGUCUCAAGAUGCCAGGGAUCGCAGGAAUCAGAUUGUGCAUGAACUUGUGACAUUACCUGCAGAUCACUGGAAGGAGCAGCUUGACUAUUACAGGCGUUGCAGCCGAGCUCCUGCUUGCGGAGAGCUCUUGUUUGUUACCGGCAGUUGGAGCCUGGAGAUCAGGAAAGCAGGUGUCCAAUUGCCAAAGGACUUCCCACACGCCUUAAGGAUUUGGUACAAAACAAAGCCAGGCGGAAGAUCACUUAGCUGGACGACAGACCAGAAUGACAGGCUGUGUGUUUAUACAGUGGGAUCUCCAAUAAACAACAGGGCCCUUUUUCCAUGCCAAGAACCGCCUGUUGCCAUGUCAACGUGGCAAGCUACAGUCCGAACAGAUGCAUGCUUUGUUGUUUUAAUGAGUGGCGAAAACUCAGCGGAACUAACAGAAUCUGAAGAAGGUGUAUUAAACUGGUUUUAUUAUGUGACCAUGCCAAUGCCAGCAUCAACCUUCACUAUUGCUGUUGGAUGUUGGGCAGAAGUUAAAAGAAAAACUUAUGCAACUGGCGUUCAGAGGAAUGAUGGGAUCUUUCCACUGUUCUCAAAGGCGGAUAUCAGGUUGUUAGAAGGGGCUUGUGGUCAUGUACCUUACCCCUGUCGUUUCCAAGAACCUGCGGCCACUUCUCAAGUGAUGAUUCCUCAUCGUAUCUUUGCUCCACCAUGCCUUCAGAAAUCCUGUGAAGAGAUUCUCCUCCCAUUGAUUCCUCAGUGUCUUUCCGCAUCUUAUGCUCUACUGGGCACUCAUCCAUUUUCUCGCCUUGAUGUCUUGAUUGUCCCAUCCAACUUUUCCAGUCUUGGAAUGGCCAGCCCACACAUCAUCUUCCUGUCCCAGAGCACAUUAUCCGGAGGAAGCCAUCUCUGUGGAACACGCUUGUGCCAUGAAAUUGCUCAUUCCUGGUUUGGCUUGGCCAUUGGGGCACGCGACUGGACAGAAGAAUGGCUAAGCGAAGGAUUUGCCACUCACCUAGAAGAUGCUUUUUGGUCAGCAGCACAACAGCAGCUGCUGGCUGAUGAAGCAAGAGAACGGCAGGAUCUGAAGGCUUUGUUGCGCUGGCAGCGUCUUAGAGAUGAGGUCCAAAACUCUGAGGAAGAUCUGCAAGUGUUAAGGCCCAACAAAGAGAACACUGGCAAAGUGACUGAAUCUGGAGCAUCUGUAGUUAAGCACGGCCUUAAUGCGGAGAAAACCUUCAUGCAGGUUCAUUAUCUGAAGGGCUAUUUCCUUCUGCGGUUUUUGGCAGGAAAAGCUGGAGAAGCUGAAUAUUUUGCCUUUUUAAGAAAGUUUGUAUGGCGUUUUCAUGAACAACUCAUACUUUCUCAGGACUUCCUUCGCUUAUUACUAGAGGACAUCCCACAGCUAAAAGGGUAUGGCCUAUCAGUAGAAAACAUUUUCCAGAAGUGGCUUGACUGUUCAGGAAUCCCCAAGCCUUUGCUGGAAGAGAGUCAAGCUUGGCAAGAGUGUCGCCUAGCCCAGCAAGUCAAGGAAGAGGUCGUAACAUGGGUUCGACUAAAUCAGAGAGCCAGGAAAAGCGGCCAAAGGAAAAAGCGGCGCGAGGAAAGCACUUUCCAAAAGGCUCCCUUGAAAGAACAUUUGGCACACACAAUCAUGGGAAAAUGGCUUUAUUUUUUAUGGCAUAAAGAUGGGCUUUCCUCAGACCAGCUAGUUUUACUUCUGGAAUGCCUCUUGGAAAAGAAGACCUUAUGUUCAAAAACACUGGAGUGCUUACAGAAGACCUACCACCUUCGGGAACAGGAUGCAGAGGUUCGGCAUCGAUGGUGUGAGCUUGUGAUUAAGCAUAAAUAUGUGGCAGGGUAUGUUGAUGUUGAGAAAUUCCUCAAGGAAGACCAGGCAAUGGGUGUCUACCUAUAUGGAGAAUUAAUGUUGAAUGAGGAUGCGAAACAACAAGAAAUUGCACAUAAAAUUUUUGCUACAACCCGUGACCAAAUGGAUGUGUCCUCCGCUAAAGUAGUUGCAGAGAUGUUAUUUUGAUGAGAGAAAUCCUUAUUCCCUUCGGAGUUUUGGAGUAUCAUGUUUGCCAGUGAACUGUGUACCUCUGUGUAUAUCUACUGCCAGUAACUACAAAGGGAAAAGAAAUUCACUUUCUGCAGGAAAGCAGAGUGCCUCUUUUCACACAACCUCUCCUAUAUGCCUAGAAUGACAAUGUUAAAAAUGCUGUCUUCAAAACUAUCCAUAAUUGAUUCAGUUGCAUUUAUCUUAAAGGAGAAGCCAGCAGACUUGUGAAGUACAUACUUUGCAUACAAGUGGCCCCAUAUUCAAUCAUUGACCUUUAUAAUGAAAAAGAUGGCAGAGCUGACCAACGUCUUUGGAGCCUCUGAAAUAUGGGGUCAGUAUUGAGCCAGCUGGAUCAAUGAUAUGACUGAGUAAAAACGAGUUUCCGUCAAGAAAUGCAGAACCUGGGAAAUAAACUUCUUUGAAUAAAACUGCCACAAUAUCCCUGUCAGCAUGGCCGCUGCUGAUUGGGAGAUUCUGGGAGUUGCAGGUUACAAAAAUAUAUAACAUUUAUAAACUGCCAUAAGUUACUCAAAGUAGAAGGACAGAUCAGCUUUUCCAUGGGCAUUCUUUCUGCUCAUAAGUCUUAAAUGGAUGACUUUUUAUUUUUAUUUCAACUGAAGAAGUAUGCCACUGAUAAACAUAUCACCUAAGGAUAUUUUUUCUCAUGCCCAAGAAAGAAGUGUUGAGCUUUCCAAUAAAAGCUUUUUAGCCAUAGUAAGGACAUCCUGGGCUGCCUUUGGCUAGGAUUUGCUAAAUUGGUACAGGAAAGAAUGUAUGUAUUGGUUUUCCAUAGUUGACUAUUUUACCUGCUCAAAGCUUUCAGUACCAUCACUUUUUUAAGAGAUCUCAAUAUUUUAGAGGAUAGGUUUUGUGGUUGUGUGCCCUGAAUUCAUUUCUGACUUAUGGUGACCUUAAAGCCAACCAAUCACAGGGAUUUCAUGGCUGGAUUUGUUCAGAGAGGGUUUUCUUUUGACUUCCUUUGAGGCUGAGACACUGACUUGCUCCUGUCACCCCAUUUGUUUCUGUGGCUUAGUGGGAUUCGAAACUCGGGUCUUCAGAGUUGUAGCCCUACAUUCAAACCAAUACACUAUGCUGGCAUGUAAAUUUCUUCAUCAGCUUUGAGAGCCCCCAAAAGUCAGCUUAUUCUUCAUCCAAAGUCAGAUUCUAGAACAGUGGUUCUCAACCUGGGGUGUUUUUGGCCUACAACUCCCAGAAAUCCCAGCCAGUUUGCCAGCUGUUAGGAUUUCUGGGAGUUGGCCAAAAAACACCUGGGAACCCCAGGUUGAGAACCACUGUUCUAGAAGCUUCUCAAAGUCCUCUACCUUUAGAAUAGAGAGAAAGCACCCAUCUAAGGAAGUCUUUCCAUGAGAAGCCUCCUGUUUGGAGUAUUCCAAUUUGCUCUACAUGGGGUUCUUUUGAGCACAUUUUAGCUGAACAGCAUUAGUUAAUGGCUUCAGUUUAGCAUCUGAUGCUGACUUUUAAAUGUUGAGUUGUGAAUUUCCUGGCCUUAACCAUCUUCCUGCCCUCAACCUCCUUUUUUCCAUAGUUUAAUCUUUUCUAAUUCAUCAUCACUUGCACAAAUAAUUAUUUUGCUUUGAGGAUACAGCAUCAACAUGUUGCCUGGAAUAAACCACAGAACUCCUGGCAGUACUUUCUAUGGGAAGAAAAUGCCACUUGAAGGAUCAAGGAAAAAUUUCAUCCCAUAAAAACCUGUUGUCUGGGCUAUCUUUGGGGCCAGCAAUUGAACACCUUUUCUAAAGGCAGUUUUCUUAUUAUUCUUGUACCAAACAAGAAAGGAGAAGACUCUCAUUGUACUGUGUAUAGGGGAAAAGCUAAGGAACAGCACUGAAAAAAACAAGUCAGAGGGUAAAAGACUAUGAGGUGUUAAAAUGUACAUAGCAUAGGGUAAACAUCAUACAAGAUUAUGAUGAAAGCAGGCGAAAAGAACAACAAUAUUCCCAGAAGUCUCUUUCUAUACAUGACCUAACACCUAAAUUGUGGUGUUAACAGAAGAAACCCGUUACAACAAGUAUGGUGAUGUAACACCAUUUCUAGUUUUGUUUUCAGCCAGUGUUGGUAUUUUUUAAACGUUGUGUUGAUCUUUGAGGUGUCUGGAAUCCAAACUACCAUAUUCUGUACUGAUUUUGAGAUAUUUUUUACCAAAAGUCUACUUUAAAAAAAACUGGCAUGGCUCUGACAGCUAUGAAGGCUGCAUUUUUCCAUUCCUUCCACACAGUUAUUAACUGUCCCUUGUAAAUAAAGAGACAAGACCUCAAAUCUGCAGAGACUCAAGGCAUAGAGAGAAUGCAGGAUAAAUCUUGGGAGUAGGAGGAGAUUGCUCCUCGACUGCCAUGAGUCUUGCCUUCAAGCCUGCAAUAAGGGACCAGUUCAAAGAAUAAUGAAUACCCUCCUGCUUGUUGGCGAGAUUUACCAGUACAAACCUCUCUGUAAAAGGAAGGAGAACAAAAGCAUUCCUACACGCUGUAGAAAAGCUUCCUAAAGAGCAUUCAAAAUACUUUUCUGGGUCCCUCCUCCACCUUCAUCAGCCUUGUAAUGUCUGCAGUCACUUUUUGAUGAUCCUUUUUUCUGAUUCAUUGUACAACACAAAGACCUCGAUGUGCACACUCACAUCUACUCCACACACUAGAGUUUCCUAUUUAUAGACUGUACUGUGCAAAGUAUUAAUUCCAUAGGAGUUGCAAUAAAUGUAUUUUAUCCCAGCUGUGGGUGAAAAAAAGGGAGAAAGAAAUACCAAAUUUAUUCGAAUCUAAUGCUCACAUUUUUGAUUAAACUAUAACCAAAAGUGAGGUGCAUAUUAAUUUUCAUGAUGCAUUAGAUUCAUGCAUGUAAAUUCACCUCCCCCCCCCCCAAAAAAAAAACCUGGCUGAGGCUGACAAUUUCACUAGCCUCAUCCUGACAAAGGGCCACAGCUUUUCAAUUGACCUCAUUCAUGAGACCUUCAAAACCUCCUGUUUGGUUUUGUAGGCCACGUGAACAAGGCUUUAGGGGGGAACUGCUGCCCAUCUGUCGGGCCGAGGCUGGUGAACCUGGAGGAGAAUGGCUUCCUCUUGCCUGUCAGCUGUUGCAAGAAGACAGCGGAAUGAUCAACAGGCAAGGGGAAGCCACACGUUACAUCUGACAACUUUUUUUGCAACACACCUUCAAAAUGGAGGGGCACAAUACAUCAAUGGCGCCUUAUACUCAAGUAAAUACAGUACUUACACCAUCAAUGAAUUCUCUGGCUAUUGUGUGUCCACCAGGGGUAAAGAGCAGAAAGCUGACAAUCAGAUGUCUGAUCAGGUGUUUGGUACCAGGACAUCUUGCAUCUAUUCGGCUACUAGUUACAACCUCCAGUUCUGGGACUGAAAUGGUUGAUGCUCUCGACAAGGUUGUCAGGUGAUCGCAAACAGAUUUUGCUUCUCUCUGUUGAGAAUUAUGGGGAAACAUAAAUGUAUGUAUAAAGAAUAAAGCUCACCUCUGUUGUGGAAAGGUACACCAAGGAUUCCUGGUCCAAUUAAGUAGAGAUGGAGUUAUGAGCCAAAAAAGACAGACAGAAACAGAAAAGAAAGAAGAUCUAAAACAACAGCCAAACCCCUUAAUUUUUGAAAAUGAAAUACUGGGGCCAUGGGCCAUGGUUUGACCUUUAUUUGUAUAAAAGGAAACAGUGAAAGUCAUAGCUCAAAAUGAAGGAAAAUUGCUGCAUUGUAGGUUAAAAACAGAAGGCUGGGGUCCCCCUAUAAUACUUUAGCUACAAAUCAAUUAAUCCCCAUGCAAUCUGACCUUGUCUGAUCAAAUAAAAUCUAAUGGUGGGUUGUUUCCUUCUAGUAUUGUUUGCAAAACAUCCCCCUUCUCUUUCACCACUUGGAGCAGCCAGAACAAACAGCUUCUGGAGCCAAAAUAUAAGCAGGAUUUGGAAGUCUGUGCAUUAAAGGAAAUUAUUGCCCAGAUCAUAAGCAGUUAUUACCUAAAAAUAUUUGCUACAUAAAAGCCACUGCAGGAAAUGGGGGGAAAAGAAGUAAUACACACAUAUCCUUCCUGCCUGCUUUAAGCAACUGAUUUCCUUACUGUGACUUUUUCCCCUAUUAACAUUUAUAAAGAUGCUUCCUGGUUUAAAGAUAGGUAUGAGAACAUGUCUCAUUUUUAGUUUUAUAGACCCACAGCAUUUUAUUUUCCACACUUUCCAUCUCUAAGAAAUGAAUCAUCCAACUGUGGGGGCUUUUAUUCUAAGAUAAUGGCUUCUACAGACAUACAGACCCUAAUGUUGAGGAACUCUCUUUUGCCUCAUAGUGGUACCUGGAUCUGACACACCUACUCCUGCUCCAGGGAUAUUAACCUGUUACUGCCAGGCAUAGCAACACCAAGAGGAGAGGUAGGACUCGGAUCAGGAGGGAGCUAAUAUUGCCCCUCAACCAACACCAUCAGAUAAAUGACCACAGAGAUAGCAGCAGUAUCAUGUGCUUUCUCCUUUUCCAUUCAUUAUAUUUCCACUCUCUUUUUCAUUUGAAAAUUUCCAAGCUGUUCAGUAAUUAUGCCCAGAUUCUACCAGGUGCCUUACAAGGCCUGGGCCAGUAUCAACAACACUGGUUUCAAACAAUGUAAGUGUAACCAGAAGAUGGAGGGAGGGAGGGAGUUAUCUAAUGCAACAAAAUGAUAUAAAAUAUAUUGGAUACAGUUCUGUUAUUAAAAUUUGUUUUUAAAGUCAACAGAUUUCUUGUAUAACAACUGUUUCAAGGGCAGAAGUAAUCCAGUGACAAUAUGACUUCUAUAUUGUAUUAAUAAAGUUAUUGUAUAUUUAUAACCAUA